AUGCUGGUCCCUGUCUUCCUUGUCCUUCUCUUCUGCUUCCAGGGGCACACAGGCCCUGCUCCCCAUUUCGUGCAACAGCCGGAGGACCUGGUGGUGGUGCUGGGAGAGGAAGCCCGGCUGCCCUGUGCGCUGGGCGCAUACAGGGGGCUUGUUCAGUGGACUAAGGAUGGGCUGGCUCUUGGGGGUGAAAGGGAUCUUCCAGGGUGGUCUCGAUACUGGAUUUCAGGGAAAACCACCAUGGGUCAGCAUGACCUCCACAUCAGGCCAGUGGAGCUAGAGGAUGAAGCAUCAUAUGAAUGUCAGGCUACACAAGCCGGCCUCCGAUCACGGCCAGCCCGACUGCACAUAUUGGUACCCCCAGAAGCUCCCCAGGUACUGGGAGGCCCCUCAGUGUCUCUGGUGGCUGGAGUUCCUGCAAAUCUGACCUGUCGGAGCCGUGGGAAUGCCCGUCCCACCCCUGAGCUGCUGUGGUUUCGAGAUGGGAUCCGGCUGGAUGGGACCCCCUUACACCAGACGUUGUUGAAGGAAGAGACCACUGGGUUUGUGGAGAGCACCCUAUUCCUGACCCCUUCUAGCCAUGAUGAUGGAGCCACUUUGAUCUGCAGAGCCCGGAGCCAGGCUCUGCCUACAGGGAGGGACACGGCUGUCACACUGAAUCUGCAGUACCCCCCAGUGGUGACUCUCUCUGUUGAGCCCCAGACCGUGCAGGAGGGAGAGAAAGUAGCGUUCCUGUGUCAGGCCACGGCCCAGCCUCCUGUCACUGGCUACAGGUGGGCAAAGGGGGGCUCCCCGGUGCUCGGGGCUCGUGGGCCGAGAUUAGAAGUCGUGGCAGAUGCCUCGUUCCUGACUGAGCCUGUGUCCUGCGAAGUUAGCAACGACGUGGGCAAUGCCAACCGCAGCACCGUGCUGGAAGUGCUGUUUGGACCCAUUCUCCAGGCAAAGCCAGAGUCCAUGUCGGUGGAUGUAGGGGAAGAUGCCUUCUUCAGCUGUGCCUGGCGUGGGAAUCCAUCCCCACGGAUAACUUGGAUCCAUCGGGGUGGGACACAGGUGCUGAGCUCAGGACCCACACUGCGUCUUCGGUCGGUGGGACCCGAGGAUGCAGGCGACUAUGUGUGCAGGGCUGAGCCUGGGCGCUCAGGUCUGGGAGGUGGCAUGGCAGAAGCUAGGCUGACAGUGAAUGCUCCCCCAAUAGUGACUGCCCUGCACUCCGCGCCUGCCUUGCUGAGGGGACCCGCCAGUCUUCAGUGUCUAGUGUUGGCCUCACCUCCUCCAGAAGCAGUGGUCUGGUCUUGGGAUGAAGGCUUCCUGGAAACAGGGUCCCAAGGCAGGUUCCUGGUGGAGACUUUCCCAGCUCCUGAGGUCCAUGGGGGACAGAGUCCAGGCCUGAUCUCUGUGCUACACAUUUCGGGGACCCAGGAGUCUGACUUCAACAGAGGCUUCAACUGCAGUGCCCGGAACCGAUUGGGUGAAGGAGGCACCCGGAUCCUUCUGGGCCGUAGAGACUUGCUGCCCACUCUGCGGAUUGUGGCUGGAAUAGUGGCCUCUGUCACGACUGUCCUUAUGGUCAUCAUUGGUGUGGCCCUUUGCUGCUGGCGUCACACCUCUUUCUCCAAGCAAAAGAACCUGGUGCGGAUCCCUGGAAGCAGCGAUGGCUCCAGUUCUCGAGGCCCUGAGGAGGAGACGGGCAGUAGCGAGGAUCGGGGUCCCAUGAUACACACCAACUGCAGUGAUCUAAUUCUGGAUAAGAAAGGGGCUUUGGACACUAAAGACCCAACCAAUGGUUACUACAAGGUGCGAGGGGUCAGUGUGAGCCUGAGCCUCGGUGAAGCCCCUGGAGGAGGCCUUUUCCUACCACCCUCCUCCCCACUUGGACUUCCAGGGACCCCAACCUACUACGACUUCAACCCCCAGCUGGACAUGAUCCCCCCAUGCAGACUGUACAGAGCCCGGGCAGGUUAUCUCACCACCCCUCAUCCUCGAGCCUUUACCAGCUACAUCAAACCGACAUCCUUCGGACACCCAGACUUGGGUCCUGGGACGCCUCCUUUCUCCUAUGCUGCCUUCUCUGCACCUAGUCACCAACGGCUCCAGACUCAUGUGUGACAUCUCUCUG